GAUUGGAUGGAGAGAAGGAAGCUGAGGCUUUGAUGUGACACAUCUGGAGUGAGAUGCAAUGUUUGUAGAUCAUUGAAGUUUUGGGAGUCUUUGUGACCGUCUCGCUGCAAUGUCUUUCAUCCCCGUAGAAGCGGAUUGCGAUUUUCCUAUCCGGAAUUUGCCGUACGGCGUAUUUUCUACCGAAGAUGAGCCGCGGCAUCGGAUAGGAGUGGCCAUUGGGGACCAAGUCCUAGAUCUUAGUGUCAUCAGACAUCUUUUCAAUGGGCCUUUCAUGUCAGCACACCAGGCUGUAUUUAAUGAGCCAACUCUAAAUAAUUUUAUGGCUCUUGGGCACAAAGCAUGGAAGGAAGCCCGUCAAGUUCUUCAAAAGCUACUGGCAGCAUCUGAACCCACACUCAGGGACAACAAGGAGCUGCGUGCCAGAGCGUUCGUUCCACAAUCUAAGGCUAAACUUCAUCUUCCAGCAAAUAUUGGAGAUUACACAGAUUUCUAUUCCUCAAAGGACCAUGCUACUAAUGUAGGGAUUAUGUUCAGAGGGAAGGAAAAUGCUCUGAUGCCAAACUGGUUGCACCUUCCAGUUGGCUAUCAUGGACGGGCAUCUUCUGUUGUGAUAUCUGGGACACCGAUCCGCAGACCAAAGGGGCAAGUUAGGCCAAAUGAUGACAAACCUCCUAUAUAUGAGGCCAGCAAACUCCUGGAUAUCGAGUUAGAAAUGGCUUUCUUCGUAGGCCCAGGAAACAAUUUAGGAGAACCAAUUCCCAUUCAGAAAGCUGAGGAGCAUAUUUUUGGCAUGGUACUAAUGAACGAUUGGAGUGCUAGAGACAUCCAGAAAUGGGAAUAUGUUCCACUUGGACCUUUUUUGAGUAAGAACUUUGGCACCACAAUAUCUCCAUGGGUGGUGCCAAUGGAGGCCCUGAUGCCGUUUGUGCUUCCCAAUCCAAUCCAGGAUCCCGUGCCUUUGCCGUAUCUCCAGGAUAAGAGUGAUUACACAUUCAAUAUUAACUUGUCUGUCAGCCUUCAAGGAGAUUGCAUGAGAGAGCCGGUGGCUAUCUGCAGAUCUAAUUUUAAGUACAUGUAUUGGACUAUGAAGCAGCAGCUGGCCCAUCACACAGUAACUGGCUGCAAUGUUCGUCCUGGAGAUCUUUUGGCAUCAGGAACCAUAAGUGGACCGGACCCAUCAAGCUUUGGCUCAAUGCUGGAACUGUCAUGGAGAGGCUCUAAGGCAAUUGAUCUUGGAAAUGGUCAUACUCGGACGUUCUUGAGGGAUGGAGACACUGUUAUUAUAACAGGUCACUGCCAAGGAGAUGGGUAUCGAGUUGGAUUUGGAGCGUGCUCAGGAACAAUUCUCCCGGCUGUAUAAAUGUAGACAUUCUCGUUGCUAC